AUGGUGUCCUUGGUCCUCCCUAAGCGGCAGCCCCAAGAGAGCCUGAUCUGUGCUCUGAAUCUGAAUGUAUGCCUAGCGAACACUGAGGGAGCGAAUCUCAUGAGAAGGAAUUUGGAUGAUGUGGGAUGGGAAUAUGGGGUUCUUGUUGAUGCUAACAAGGACAAGGUACACACUAAGAAGAGAAAUAGGUUCACUACAAGCCGUCUGAACAAAUUGGUCUAUAUUCAAUUCAACUCCAAGCUGAUUAAUAAGAAAGAAAAGAUCAAGUCAAAGAAGAUCAGUGAUGUUUUCUUGUCUAAUGAUACAAUUGAAGCUCAUGGUUUUCUACAUGAGAAUGGAGAUAAUUGUGCAUUAGUUGUCUAUAGAGAUGAGGAAGAUGAGAUGGAAGGUACAGGGAUACGUUGGUCUGUUAUUGGAGAUGCAGUGGGAGCAGAAGAACAACUUGAGUUGCGUAGAAGUGCAAGAGUGAGAUAG